AAAAAUUAAAAAAUAUCCGUUGAGUGCCUUUGGAGUGUAUUGUUCCGAUGUUUUAAUAGUUUUUACGAUUAUUUAUUAACAAUUAAGUUAUAAAAUGGCGACAUUUGAUUUGAAAUCGUUCAGUUCGGCUUUAAACGAAACAAAUAAAGUACAAAGUGGUGUUGAUUUCACUGGGAAAUCUCUUAAAUUGGACACUGAGAAAGAUGCCAAAGACAUUGUAGCAGCGAUCUCAGCAUGUCCCGACCUGUAUUACCUGACGCUGACCGGCAACACUCUGGGCGUGGCUGCUGCCGAAGCCAUAGCGAAGGCUCUGGAGUCUCACCCGGAGCUGAAAGUGGCGCGUUGGUCAGAUAUGUUCACCGGGCGAAUGAAGACAGAAAUUCCACCGGCUCUAAAAGCGCUUGGAGACGGUAUGAUAGCCGCUGGAGCCCGUCUCAAAGUCUUGGAUCUGAGCGACAACGCCUUCGGCCCAAUCGGUGUGGAGGGCCUCGCUAAACUGCUGCAGAGUGAAGUGUGCUCCGAGCUAGAGGAACUUCGUCUAAACAACAACGGUUUAGGCAUCACCGGAGCGCGGUUGCUAGCCAAGGCGCUGUCGUCGCGGCCUCCCAAGCUGAGGGUGUUCAUAGCGGGCAGGAACCGCCUCGAGAACGACGGGGCCACCGCCUUGGCACAGGUUUUUGAGAAAAUGGGCUCCCUCGAAGAAGUAGCUAUGCCCCAGAACGGUAUAUACCACGUCGGUAUAUCUGCCCUCUCGGAGGCGUUCAAGCAAAACCCGCAGCUCAGCUGCCUCAACCUGAACGAUAACACUAUAGGGCCUAAAGGCGCCGCGGCCGUCGCUCAAGCCCUACCCAGAUUAAAAAACCUGAAAGCCAUCAACUUUGGAGACUGUCUUCUGAAGAGUAAAGGAGCGAGGACACUUGCCAAAGCGUUCAAAGACAAUUCUACACUGCUAGAGUGCCUGGACUUAAGCCACAAUGAGAUCGGCCGAGCGGCGUGCAAGGAACUGGUGGACGCGAUUACAGUAUUACCAGACAGUGGCGAGAGGCUAUCACGAGUUGUACUAGCUGGAAAUAGUCUAGGCAACGCGGCGAGUAAAAAGGGUAUGAAGGCGCAACUCGGGACCGCCGGUGAACUCACGGAUGACGAAGGGGAGAGCGGGGACGAGGACGACGAUGAUGAUGAUGAAGGCACAGAAUCAGAAGAAGAAUCAGACGCAGAAUCAGAAGAUGAAAACACAGAAGAUAGCGCGACUGAAGACGCGCAGCACAGCGUCAACACUAGCGUCAACACAACAGCGUCAACAAACAACAUCACGCUUGACACGUCAGGCAUCGAAGAGGUGAAAAAUGACGUCGAAAGAUUCCUCAAAGAACCCACGCUAGAAAACCUGGAGCGGUUGGGUUCGAAUCCGGCUGAUGUCAUUGAAGCACACAUAGAGUCCACACAAGACACGGAAGAGCUCCUAACUCAAUACGUGAACGCGACGCUAUCCGUCGCCGGCCUGUCUCUCAACAGCGACAGCGCUGGCGACGCGGCGCAGCAACUCUUCGCGCGGACUAUCGCGGCCGCUAACAAGCGGGCCGCUAGCUGGCCGCUAACUGAGAGGCUGUUGAGAGGACUCGCGCUUAUCAAGUCAGAGGAGAAGGCACCAAUCCGCUGGCACCUCCCCGCCUGCUACGCCAGCCUCGCCCGCGCUCUGCCGCUUCAGUUCCCGGCCGCUCUACAGAGCACCCUGCGCUUCUUCAUCGGAGCCAAGCUGGCUAACCUGCCGUCGGAGCUGCGAGACUCGCUACAGCAGCACCCCGCGCUCUUACAGGACUAAUAUACGGCUAUUACAAUAA